AUGUCUAAACAAGCGUAUGAUCACGGUGUCGUCAUAAUCCAAUGCGCCUCGUGCGAAAACCGUCAUCUAAUUGCCGACAACCUUGGCUGGUUCCGCGAAUCAAAAACAAAUAUCGAGACUCUGAUGGUGGAACAGGGGGAAAAGGUAAAGAGGAUAGUUGCUGAGGAAAGCGAGAUUAUGGAAUGGAUACCAGAAUAA